GAAGAAUGGUCGGAGGAAUUAUUCAUGUCUGGACUGGUGGACUCAACAGUUCGGCAGCAGGAACCCGAAGAUGCAUGCAUCUGACCGCCACACGGAGCAGGAUCGACAAGCCGGGCGUGCAAUUCAUGGCAGUAGAUAGCACACUGGACGCAGCCAAGCUUCGAAUUCAACCGUGCUGGCCAAUCCCCGUGGGCUUGUGGCACGACUUCUCAAAAUAGACUUUCCCGGAAUGCCUUCUCAACUCGGUACGAUGCGCGGUCUUGCAAUUCUCUCAUGGUCGCUCGCUGCAAGGUAGUGAGUGAUCGCGCCCGGACUGGUCCUGCCCGACGAGGGCGAGUUCCAGAUUCGAGGACUUUCCGUGGCUGAUCACUCCUCCUCUUCCACCGAGGUUUCGGCGCGACGGAAUGCCGAGCUAGCGAGCUGCUGAUUCCUCCAGGGACUUGUGUCAUAUGCGGAAGUAGGAAUGGAGGCCAUUACUCCUUGCAAGAUUGUAGGAAGGGAUGGCAUCCAUAGACCGCGCAGCGGACUUUCUGCCAGUCCUUCAUGUGCGCCGCGACGCAGCUGUGCGAACCUCUCUGGCACACAUAGAUCGAGUGAAGUCUCCUCUCACUUUUUAGAUUCCACAGUUUUGGAAGUGGUUGAAGCUCGAGCAGCGCAAAGCCCUUCACCUUUUGGUAGCUGGAGGUUGUUACGGAGAAGGCCUGAUAUUCAAAAUCGGGCACUUCAGAGGCGUUCAAAAAUUCUCUUGAAAUCGCGAAGCGGUAUAAUUGGACUUACUCUUGGAGGGUGGCGCCACCGAACUUGGCACGCAACGGCAGCCAAGUUCCAGGAAUUCGACGAUCUUCCGACAGCGACAAACGACGUGCCUUCUGGACAAUGCGAGGCUUUUGAUGUAGGCAAAGCGUGGAACCCUCGGCAGGCACGUCGUUUUGUGGCAAGAAGAGAAACCAUUGAAGGAGGAGAUUCGCACCAAACCUGCACUCCAUCCACGACCGGUACUGCUUUUAUUGCGGCCAUCUCAGCACAGACAUAUCGGCCGCCAGUGCAAAUACCUGAAAGGUCUCAAGUGUCUAGCUUUAUCACCGGCGGCAUUCUUCUAUCAAUUGGCGCCUGGAUUUUGUGGGUUAUAACCAAAUCGGAACAGUAUGCUCGGAAAGCUCUUGUCUCACCUGAAGAAACUCUGGUCACCCCUCCACCUGCGCCCGACAUGGUUGAGCAGUAUGAAAGGGCUAAAGCUUCGGUGACACAGGCUGCUCUAGUGAACGAAGCGCUGGCUGCGGUCCGUACUAAUGAUUUGAUCAAAUGUACAGUUGAGAUGGAGCUUGCUCUUGAAGAAAAUAGAUUGGCAAGGACAAGCAUCGAGUCCGAUUUUUUUGACGAAGGAGAGUUAUUGCAGGUCUACCGGGGAGUUUUGAAAGUGUGGUUAGAUGGUUAUCCCUUGGAUUACGGAAAGAUUUUGCAGCUGAGAGGUCUACUGGACAUACCGAGUAAGGAAGCGGAAGAGUUGGAACAAGAAGUGCAGUUACAAAGUGAUGCUUAUGUAAUCUAAAUGAGCAGGUCCACAAAUGCCUACCAGAUUUCCAUGGAACUGAGGUUACUUUGAAAGAAGUCAGUCAGUAAUUUAUUUCGAACGUCGUCAGGCCAAUUAUCAUUAGAAUCGCCUGUGACAAUUUAUCGGUGGUUUUGCAAGACCACAUCAUAAGUACUAGCUGGAAUGUGCCACAGAACGAUAUUCUCAAAGUUUUAUUUCCUCGAAGAAUCAGGUAUGGCCUUCAUCUAGAUUAUGCAAAUUCCGUGGGCAGUGGGCCUUUGCCAGUCUUGCAACACCGAUUUUUCAUGCUGUAUUCUAGAACCAUUUUAUCCUGUGGUUUGUGAAAAGCUUUCUUUCUACAUGCACCAGGUGUGUAUUAAGUGCCCAUUAUGGCAUCUUUAAAUGCUUUUUGCGUUUUGAGGCGAAGAAUGUCACCUAGUGUCGGAUGAUGUACCCGGAGUUCAGUAUGCAGUAUUACAAAUGAGAUGAAGUAUUUUCU